AUGACCGACAUCCUGUUCGAGCUCAACACUGGAGCGACUAUCCCUGCCUUGGGUCUGGGGACGUGGCAAAGCCCUGAAGGGCAAGUCCGUGCGGCGGUUGCACAUGCCAUCCAGUCCGGGUAUCGACACAUCGACUGUGCCUACGUCUACGGAAAUGAGAAAGAAGUCGGAGAAGGGAUCAAGGAGGGUUUGGCUGCCACGGGGAUCUCCCGGAGGGACCUGUUCAUCACGACCAAACUCUGGUGCACAUAUCAUACCCGCGUGGAGCAAAACCUCGACAAGAGCUUGGGACUGCUGGGCCUGGACUACGUCGACCUCUACCUCAUGCACUGGCCCAUCGCCAUGAACCCCCACGGCAACCAUGAGAAGUUUCCCAAAUUGCCCGAUGGGUCCAGAGAUCUGAUCCGGGAACGAUCACAUGUCGACACCUACCGGGACAUGCAAAAGCUGCUCCCGACCGGAAAAGUCAAGGCCAUUGGGGUGAGUAAUUAUUCCAAGAAAUACCUGGAAGAAUUGUUGCCGCAGGUCGCCGUCGUCCCCGCCGUGAAUCAGAUCGAGAACCAUCCGUUGCUCCCGCAACCAGAGAUUGUGGACCUUUGCAAAGAGAAGGGCAUCCACAUCACCGCAUACAGUCCUUUGGGAAGCACCGGAAGCCCAUUGAUGCAAGAUCCCCAUGUGGUCAGAUUGGCCGAGGAAAAGAAAACGACGCCCAGUUCGACUCUUCUGAGCUAUCACAUUGCCCGGGGAAAUUCGGUGCUGGCCAAGUCUGUCACUCCUUCUCGCAUUGAUGAGAACAAGAAGAUCGUUCCCCUGUCUGACGCCGAUCUGGCUUCGUUGGCCGAGAUUUCCAAGAAUGGUGUGACCCGAUUUGUUUACCCGGAAUUUGGUGUGCCAUUUGGGUUCCCCGACAAAUCUUGA